GUAGCAUCAGUCUCACAGUAGACUCAGCAUUCUCCAGGAUCCCUCUCUCCCUCUUUCUCUAUCUCACUGAAGAGAACAGAAUCCAGAGCCGUCAUGUCGUCCACUUUCUCAGUGCGGAGCUUCUCUGUGGGCCGUCAGCCCUCUUUCUCAAGCCUGUCUCUGAGAGACAGCGGCCGUGCCCGCUCCAGAGCUGCCGUGUCCUUUGCCACCAGCCCCCUGACCCGCUCCGCCUCCGUCAGCCAUGACCUGAACGGAGUUCCAGUCACCCUGAACCUCAAUGGGCAGCUGGGCAACCACACCAACGAGAAGGAGGCCAUGCAGGGCCUCAACAACCGCCUGGCCACUUACCUGGACAAGGUGCGCUCCCUGGAGACGUCCAACGCAGACCUGGAGCUGAAGAUCAAGCAGAUAAUGAUUGAGCGCAUCCCUAAAGGUCACGACUUCGAAACCAUGAUGGCCCAGGCCCACCAGGUGGAACAGGAGGUGAGGAGGAAGACGCUGGAGAACGCUCGCCUCAUGCUGGAGAUUGACAAUGCUAAACUGGCAGCUGAUGACUUCAGGAUCAAGUGGGAGACAGAGUUGUGCAUGUCCCAGUCUGUGGAGAGGGACUGUUUGGCCCUGAAGAAGGCCAAGGUGGACCAUGAUCAGAUCAUCGGGUCCCUGAAAGGAGACCUGGACAGCCUGAAGGAAGAGAUCUACUUCCURAAGAAGAACCACGAGGAGGAGGUGGAGUCUAUGAAGGGCCAUAUUGCUGCUCAGACUGUGACCGUGGAGGUGGACGCAGGCCGUGGUGGACCUGAACUGGGCACAAUAAUGUCAGAGCUCAGAACUCAGUACGAGGGCAUCGUCAAGAAGAACAAGGACCAGGCUGAGCAGUGGUACCUCAAGAAGCUGGAGAUGGUGCAGAACGAGGUAAAGGAGUCUAACGAGGCUCUCAGGGGGGCUCAGAGUGACAUGGUGGAGAGACAACGCUUCCUACAGAACCUGGAGGUGGAGCUGGAGAGUCUGCACAAACAGGUGUCAGCUCUGAAGGGUAACCUGGGGGAGACAGGUCAGAAGUACAGCCUGGAGAUGGAGCGUCUGCAGACCACGCUGUCCCAGCUGGAGGAGGACCUGUCUCAGCUGCGUCUGGACAUGCAGCGCAACAAGACGGACUAUGAACAGCUGCUCCGCAUCAAGCAGAACUUAGAGCUGGAGAUCGCCACCUACAGGAGACUGCUGGAGGGAGAGGAGACGAUUAAAGAAGCGCCAUCACCAAAACAGAGACCUCAAUUCACCUCAGUCUCUCAAAUGGACUGCAUGGACUUAUCCUGAUCACCCAUCCUGAUCACCCAUCCUGAUCACCCAUCCUGGUCACCCAUCCUGAUCACCCAUCCUGAUCACCCAUCCUGGUCACCCAUCCUGAUCACCCAUCCUGAUCACCCAUCCUGAUCACCCAUCCUGGUCACCCAUCCUGGUCACCCAUCCUGAUCACCCAUCCUGGUCACCCAUCCUUGUUUCCCUUUCUUAUCUUCCCUCCUCCCUUCUCCAACUCACCUUCACAUUCACUCUCACCUUCACAGAGCAUUUCAUUGGUCUGAAUGUUCACCAGUCUCAAGGUCCAGGGGGGUUACGCUCCCGGGUGAAGUUUCCCCUAGGUACAGAUUUAGAUUUAGGAUCAGCCCCCCCAAUCCUAGUCGGGAAACUGCAAAACUGACCCAAGAUCAGAAUCUAGGGGCAACUUUACCCCCCACCAAGCAGUUACACUGGGAAACGACCCGAGACUAGCUUGUGUAGGUACUGUCUGUGACCUAGAGUAAAGUUGAGGUACUCUGGGCCAUUGGCUCGCUGACAAAGCCAACUGCCCAACAGCUAUUUACACUACAAGUUUAAAAUAGGGUCAGCGGUGUUGCCUUAUGUCAGAUACAACUUGAUUCUGUGCUGCUUCCGCCACCCUGGCAUCAAAUCAAGGGGCCGUGGCCACAGACUAAUGGCAGUUUCACAAACCUGCAAACAAAGCAACGCCCAAAACAGAGCUGUCCCUAGCAACUGCAUUAGGUGAAAAUAAUACCAAGUCUCAAUGUUGUAACGUAUUGUUACUGUAGGCUUGUGACUACUCACUGAAUCAAUUUGGUAGCACUUUAUUUGGGGUGUACUUACAAAAUGAAUUCUUAGCACAUUCAUAAACUAUACUUAAUACAUUCAUAAGCUAUACUUAACUCAUUCAUAAGCUAUACUUAACUCAUUCAUAAGCUAUACUUAACUCAUUCAUAAGCUAUACUAAACUCAUUCAUA